AUUCUAGAACCGGAGCUGGAGCUGGCAUGGCAUGUUGGAAGUAGUUUCUCUCCCUGCGUGAAAAUGCUGUUGCGUGUCUCAUUUGGUGGAGUGCAGAAGUACAUAAAGAUGCUUGAACUGACGUUUGAUGAUUUCUUGAGAGAAGUGAGUUUGAAGUUCAACAUCCCCGAAGACAGAUGGUUGGACCUCAAAGUUUAUGACCAGUCUAACACAGAGGUAGACGCCGAAGUUUUUGAGGAGCUCGUAAAAGAGUUCCAUGGACCUUUCCUAGUUUCAUUGGCCAAUGAAGCACCUGGUAACCCUCAGUUCACAUCAUCUCCAGGGUCUACUGCAUCUGACGACACAGUGAUCCUCAACUUCUCCCUGCUUGAGCCAGCUGAGGAACCCCUUGAGCCAGCUGAGGAACCCCUUGAGCCAGCUGAGGAACCCGUUGCAGCCCAAGGCAGUCAACCUAAAAGGCCUUGCCGCAUCAACUAUGAAGCAAAAACUCUGAUUGAAAAAAUCCUGACUACAAAGCCUGGAGGUGACCGUAUCAUCGAGGAGUAUGCAAAAACAAAAUCAAUCACAGAUUCAACCAGAAGACGGCUCAUCAACAUACUUGCUGCAGAAAUGACGGAAACACAUGGGACCUCGCCGCCGCGGAGUGUGAAAGUGAUGUAUGCACAGGGGAUUAUCGCUCUGUUUCCAUAUCUUGAAGACCCAUACUCACAGAAUGGCUAUGAACACUACUACGAUCCGGAAAGUGGUUCAGGAUACAUUGCAUGGCGGUUGAAGACCAUUCAACGAAAGGCUUCUGAGGAAAGAGUUCCAGCAGUUAAAUCUCCUAAAGUUGGUGGGCCAGGCCAUGGACGUACUACACCCUUUACUGCCGAAGUCCUGACUGAUGAGGAAGUGGAAUCCGCUAUCGCUGUGUUGAGACAUUCUGCUGAUGAGGAAACCAUCCGUGAAAAAAUGAAAACCACCUUCAGUUACCGCCAAGCAAUGGUCAAUGACCAUGACAAAUCUGCAGAGGUCUUCUCAGUUUUUCCACGGUUCCUGGACACACCAGGACUGGUAGAGCAGGAUUUCAGACUGAUGUUUGGCGAGCAGACUGCCAAUAAAUUCCUGGAGAGAUGGCCUACCACUUUCAGGGCAAGAGUCAUUAAGGAAAGCCAUGGACUGGUCCCCUCCACAGACCUUCUUGAUUUGAUGCACAAUGCUGAGACAUCCACUGAAGUUGAAAAUGGCUGGGACAGUGAUACGUCUGCCAUCAUACUGCUGCUACAUCUGCUACCGCCAUCCGCACAGGGACGCAAGAAGCCAGGGAAGAUAUCAGCAUCUAAUGCAGUGGAUCACCUAAUCAAAUUCCAAAAGGUACACUAGAAUUAUAUUUGACAAUGAAUCAAGUCCUCCCACCACCCCUCCACUCCAACAACACUUCAUACCCCAUACAUGAAGCCUUUCCUUAGACCAGACUAGAC